GCAGUGUAUUGAUUUCCUCUGGCCUCGCCACGGACACGAGGGGAUCACGUUUGUAUUACGUACAGUGGCUGUAUGCAGACUAUUCGCUGACAGAAGGAAAGUUGUCUUAUUUCAUGGUGCAAAUUGUGUUUAAACGAACUUGGAACCUUUUUGUGGCCUUGAAGCAACGAAACAUGUGCAUAAUCGAAGGGAAUGGCUCGUAAAAUGUAGCGCGAUUUGAUUACGACGCGCUGAAAUAUGAGAAAUUCCCUACGAUGUUGUAUUCAAGAACCAAAACGAUGUUCAUGAGAAGCGGAGAGAGCACGAAAACGAUCGUUUGUUCAGGAAGAUGAGAGACUCUGCUCGUUGACUUUGAGGACCGGUUCUGUGAUGCUACUCAAUGAGGGUCUUCUGCCACUGUAAUAGUUGUCUGACAGAGUGGCAGAAUAGAGCGACGAACUCGCCAUGCCCGUAAUCAUGCGUCUCCGCGUCAGCGGAUGUUUGAAAUGGAAACAGAUCUGUUUCCAUGUUCUGCUCCUCCUUGCUCUGACCUUAUUUAGGCAGUCUGGGAGUCAGGUCAAGAUCUAUCACAACCAUUUUGCCCUGCACAUCCCAGACGGUCAAGGGGAGGCAGAUCGUAUUGCUCAAAAACAUGGCUUCACCAACCGUGGCCAAAUUGGGAAUGUGGAGAGCCAUUUCCUCUUUGAGCACCAUUCGAUAAGACCUCGUUGGACUAACUAUAGUUUGGAUCAUCAUGAAAUACUAGACCAAGAGCCUGGAGUCCGCUGGUUCGAGCAACAGCAUGAGAAAAGGCGUGUCAAACGAGAUGUCCACUCCUUUUAUAUGCCCGAUCCAAUGUUCAAAGAUCAAUGGUUUUUAAACCAUGGGGCCAUUGAUGGAAGCGAUAUGAAUGUCCAGCCAGCCUGGAUGAAAGGUUACACGGGCAAGCGUGUGGUUGUUACUAUUCUUGACGAUGGAAUACAAAGUGAUCACCCGGAUCUCAAACUAAAUUACGACCCAAUGGCCUCAACUGAUAUCAAUGGUAACGACGAUGAUCCCAUGCCGCAAGAUAAUAAUGACAACAAACAUGGAACCAGAUGUGCCGGAGAGGUAGCUGCCGAGGCUUUUAACAAUAUCUGUGGCGUUGGUGUGGCUUAUAAUGCCAGUAUUGGGGGAGUGAGAAUGCUAGAUGGUUUAGUUAACGACGCCGUUGAAGCUCGUGCCUUGUCGUUACGCCCAGAUCACAUCGACAUUUACUCAGCCUCCUGGGGUCCCGAAGACGAUGGCAAGACUGUGGACGGUCCUGGCCCUCUUGCCAAGAAAGCUUUUAUUAAUGGCGUCAAAUAUGGUCGCAAUGGGAAGGGGUCCAUAUUUGUAUGGGCUAGUGGUAAUGGAGGCCGGCGGGUGGAUAACUGCAACUGCGAUGGAUAUACAAACUCCAUUUUCACCCUCUCAAUUUCCUCAGCUUCUCAAGGGGGGAAGAAACCUUGGUAUCUAGAAGAAUGUUCAUCAACAUUGGCGACCACGUACUCAUCAGGGACACCUGGUCAUGAUGCAAGUAUCGCCACUGUAGAUCAAGAUGCCAAGCUCAGACCGGAUAAAAUUUGCACGGCAUCCCAUACCGGCACCUCCGCUAGCGCUCCCAUAGCGGCCGGAGUUUGCGCAUUGGCGUUGGAGGCCAAUCCCAAUCUCACGUGGCGUGAUAUGCAACACAUUGUCGUUCUUACGUCCAAUCCCAAUCCUCUCAUGGUCGAAUCAGGGUGGAAAACGAACGCCGUGGGACGAAAGUACAGUCACAAAUUUGGUUAUGGUCUAAUGGAUGCGAAUGGCAUGGUGGAAGUGGCGAAAGUUUGGCCGGGCUCUGGCCCCCUCGCCAUUUGUGAAACCGAUACGGUCACUCUGGAUCAACCUAUCCCAUCAGACCCCACAAGAGUUGCACGAGCUUCGAUGAAAACAAAUGCUUGCGGUCAAACCAGUAGCGAAAUUCGAUAUCUUGAGCAUGUGCAAUGUAAACUGUCACUGCACUAUCACCCCAGAGGUGCCCUACAAAUCGUUCUUACCUCUCCCUCUGGCACCAAAUCCUCAUUAUUGCUUCCACGGCCGAGAGAUACCACAAAUGCUGGUUUUGAGGAUUGGCCUUUCCUUUCAGUUCACUUUUGGGGAGAGCCGGCAAAUGGAACUUGGACCAUUGAGGUCAACCACAGCCCUAGUGUGAAAGGAACUAGCCAGAGCAAAGGGGUCUUGAAGAAGUGGAAAAUGCUCUUUUAUGGAACUCGAGAAAGUCCAUUAAAGGAUCCUUCUCUUGUGUCAGAAUUCGGUUCUUUUUUGGGAGAAGACCCCAGCCUGGACUCCAAGAUGAUGGAUGAGCCAGUCGACGUUUUGGGUAAUGAAGGGCAGCAGAUAUCUUGGUCAAGUGGAUCCCUCUCAUCUUAUCCGUACUUACAUAACCACUCACGCUUAUUGGAAUCCAAAAAGCCCCUUAAUCAAUACGACGUGAGCUCUUCCUCAUCAGAGUUUGACCUCUCCUCCUCCUCCUCGAUAACUCGCUCUUGCCAUCCUCAAUGCAAAGACAAUCAAUGCUCGGGUCCAAAGGCUACACAAUGUCUGGCAUGUAAAAGCUUCAAAUUUGGAAACGUUUGUGUAGACAGAUGCCCUCUGACCACGUACUCAUCGGUUCGUGGAACGUGUCAGGCAUGUCACCCAAGUUGUCAGACCUGCUUUGGACCCAAUCCCAACAAUUGCUUAUCUUGUGAGAAGUCUCUCUUCCUUUUGACCAAUCAAUCUAUAUGCAUUGAGGGCUCUUGUCCUUUGGGAUACCGCCAACGCUCUUCUUCAAAUGAAUGUGUCCCUUGUCCCUCUCAUUGUGAAAGCUGUACAGAGGCCUCAGAAGUGCUCAAUUUGAUUGAGAGUCCAGGAGCUGUCUACUCGCAGACCCAAGAGACUUCAGUGGUAUGCCUCAAGUGCCAAGACGGAUUAGUUCGAUCGGUUUUGGAAAAUAAAUGCAUGAGCAGUUGUCUAGGAGGCUUUUAUCUCAAUCAGGAGACCAAAGCAUGCGAUCCUUGCCAUGAAACUUGUGCCACUUGUACGGGCAGUUUGCCCACUCAAUGUUCUCUUUGCCAAGAGCACACAUAUUACUUCGAAAGAAAGUGCGUGGAAAUGUGCCCGAUCGGUUUUCGUCCAGAUGUUAAUCGGCAAGAGUGCGUUCCUUGUCCUCAAGGGUGUGGUAAAUGCACGAGUGAUCAAAAAUGCAUCAAGUGCCAGGAGGAGUGGACAUUUGCUUAUGGAGAGCAAGUUUGCAUUCCAAAGAUCAGCAUUUUGUGUGGAAAAGGGAGUUUUCGAGCCGACGAAAACGCCGACUGUCAGCCUUGUGGUCCAAAUUGUAGGUCAUGUGCUGAAAAUAAGGAAAAUUGCUUAACCUGUCCCAUGAAUCAGGCCCUUCAUUUGUUCACGUGUCUUGAUCACGAAUGCCCAUUGGGCACUUUCCAUGAUGAGAAGAUGAGAGAAUGUCAGCCUUGCCCACACGUUUGCACGGAAUGUGAAUCGUUCAACCAUUGCACAAAAUGCCAUUUAGGUCAUGCUUUGAAUGCUCGUGGACGUUGUGUGACCAGUUGCAAGCCCGAGGAAUACCAAACUUCUGAACAGCAAUGCCGGCCGUGCCAUGGGAGUUGUCUAACUUGCCAGGGCCCAACUGACAAGGAUUGUCUAUCUUGUCCCACGGCCAACAAAUACCUUACCCCUACUGGUCAAUGUUUGGAGCAAUGUAGUCGUGGUUUUGUGGACGAGAAAGGCCAAUGUCAAGCUUGACACCCAUCUUGCUCUUCGUGUCACGGUCCAAGCCCAUUUCAAUGUUCCACGUGUUCCAGUGGAAGGAAGUUAGGGCCAGAUGGAACUUGCCAGAGUUGUGAGCCUCAAAAGUUUUACGAUGGACACUCAAACGAGUGCUUGCUUUGCCAUGAAUCUUGUGGAACGUGCUCUGGGCCGCAAGACAGCGAUUGCUCGUCAUGCCAUGUUCCGCUCGUUCUUGACACUUGGAAUGGAACUUGUGUACCUUGCUGUCAGAGCCUUGACGAGAGGCAUUGUUGUGCUUGCUCCGCUUCUAAAGAAAAAUGCUUGAAACCAUCAAAGAAAAUCCUCUCCCGCAAACGCAGUAGUGUUAGAAUCUCUUUGAGCGACGAAGUGCUCUCCAAUCCCUCGAGAUCUGUCUUCCUCUACGGGUCUCUCCUCACCACUCUGGUCGUAAUGAGUCUCCUUGUCGUGAGGUACUUCAAAAGAGGCAAGCUGUUGGGAAGAUCCUCUUUGAAUGGAGUCGGACGAAGAAGGACUCGACGCAGAAGGCAAAGUUCUCAAGAUCUUUCAAGGACUAAUUACCAGAAACUUUUGACAGACGAGGAUGUAGCGGACGGUAUUAACGGUAAUAGACCCAUGUCCAAGAACCUUCACACUUACUCUGUUUCUGACCUGAACCAAAGUGAUGAUGACCUGGAUCAAAGUAAUGAUUUGUUCGACCUCAGAAAUGGGAACUCGGAGAGUGUUCCACUUUGCCACCUGAAGACUUAGAUGAGGUCUCGUUCUGUGAUAAGUUGAAUUCCUUCGAGCAAUAGCUUUGUGUCUCAAAUUGAAUUUCGUUUACUCUAUAACCCUUCGGAAUAUGUACUCAUAAGUCUUAUCGUGGGGAUUUGAAUGGUACAAUCAGAUAUUUUUCAUGUUUGAACCAAAAGAACCUUAAAAACUCCAAGGCUUACCAAAAACUCAAAUCUAGAAUUCACAAUUGAAACAUUUCUAAAAGAUUAUGGCAGAAUCCGUUGUCACAUUUACAUCGCUUACCCCAGGGGUGCCUGGGUUAAUAUCUUGAGAUUAUACCUUUUGAUUAACGAAUUUUUUAAACACAUGUGGCAUUUUGUAUACUUCUGUGACAAGAAAAAAAAUGAGAAUUUUAUUUCAAAUAUUCAUCCAUGUAUGACGAAUGUGACUGUGAUCAGAGAAUGCUACCGUUUAUCCAAUCAACUACUUUUCAAGUUUGUGAUGAAAUAAACUACAUCUAUUUAUGAA